UCAUAAUUGUUCUGUUUAAAAGAAAUGUGAGGAUAUUAUGUGCUCAGAAUAAAGUAAAUAAACGUUGCAAGGAGUUAAGUUGCAAAACUUAAUAUUUAAUCAAAAUAAAGCGUGAGCAUGAGCUGGUAAUUUGGGGUAGGCUUCAGCAAUUAAACAAAAUGACAGUCAGUGGCAUGAAUGCUUAUGUCUUACAUACUGCUUUGGCAAGUAUCUGGUUUUGUCUGAAAAUUGAAUAUGCAUAUGAAGGAGAGAUCACUAUAAUUGAAUGGAAAAUGUGAAAUUACAAAGGCAGCAAAGUAUAAAUAAUUGAAACUCAGGUUGCAACUCUAGCUUUUGCAUUUCAUGAGCUCAGUUGCAAACAAAAUUGCUAGAAUGGGAAUUCACGUUUUUGUUCUGCUUUAUUUUACUUUCAUGGUACCAUAGUCCUGGUACAGAGAGCAAAGUAGUGAAAAUGACGAAGUGAUAAUUAAAUAUCUGUAGGAAAUUAAUAGUCAAGCCAGAGACUAAUUUUCAGCAGUCUACAGCUUUCAUUAUGUAUGUAUAUGCUUUGAUUUCUCAUCUAUAUGGAAAAUGUAUCCUGUAACACUGCACAUUUUUAGUCUUUCUCCUCCAGAAUUGUUUAACUUCCUGUGUUCCGUGGUAAGAUGUGGCAAGCUUGUUUUGUUUGUGAAAUCAUUGCAACAAAUAAUAAUUAUAUUUUCUUUACUUGAGAAGUUCUAUUCAACUGCAUUCUCAGGGAAACUAACAAAAUAACAGGACACUGAAAUACCAGGAGUGUGUUACAGGGUUAUUCUGUGUGUAAUAUUAAGGCUAUACAAGUAAAAGCGAAGCAAGAGCAAUAAGGCUAUACAAGAAAGAGCGAUAUAUUCUCCUCUGUCCUGGCCCUGCCAUUGUCCUGUGCCACCAUAGGUGCUUGAGCUGGGUGAGAGUUGUUCUGGCUGAAGCUAACCUGGAACUGGGGAGGGCAAGAGUGUUCAUCUUCUUUUACAUCAUCUAGCUCAUGUUAUGGCUGUGGAACUUCCCCGCUAGUGCCCCAAGUGGAAGUUAACUGUAGCUUGAGGAUGGGCAGGCAGGGAAGCGGCUAUUUUGGACGUAGGUCGGUAUCUCCAGUGGCUGAAGUAUUGCUGUUUCCAUGGAAUACAUUAAAGAUAACACAUUUCUUCUUCUGAGAUCAAUUCGUAUUUAUUUAUCUUGACAAGUUUUAGAAUAGUGUUUCCUCAUGUUGAAUGCAGUUCUUCUGGAGUUAAAAAGCUGUCAUCUGUUCUUUUAUUUUUUUUACAAAUAAAAAGGACACUUUAGUACUGUCAGUGUGAGAUCAUUGCUGUCUAAUAAUAGGCAUUUUAGAAGGUUUCUAUUAAUGUCGACUUUUAACAGAGCCCUCUUACUAAAAGAACUGUACCUUAUAAUCAUGCUGCAUCUUUCACUACAAAGCAAUUAUAUGAAUUGUACGAAUUGGCAAAAAUCUAUUAGCUCUUAAAACUCAGAAUGUUACUUUUGAUCAGAAAGGAAGCAAUCUUGUUUAAUUUCCCCCUCCCCUUCAUAUGUCUAAGAGAGUGGGAGCCUGUGUGAGGGAGAAAAGGAGCCUGAUGGUGGUUAAUGGCUAAUGAAUACAGCAAAGGAUACAGGAAUGGUUGCCUGGCAACGUGGGGAGGAUGGGCUGAGGUCCCCUGUCAGUACAUAAGAGUUGACUGUUUCCUCGUCUUUUGAGCUCACCAGGACCAGCUUCUGCAUUUUUGCAUACUUGGUUCUUAAUAUGUAACAUCGCUGGGUUAUAUUUGUAUAUUAGGUGUUUUGUCUCUUAUGUAUUUAAUUAUUUUAAAAAGAAACACAAGAAGAAUGGAAGCAAAUCAAGCAUUCUAGUUAAAGGAAUAAAAGAUGUUGUGAGUGCUGUCCCAUGCGGUUAUUUCAGGACAAGAGUAAUAUUUAGUAAGAACUUUGCCUAGAAUUGCAAGCUCUUAGAUCUAAUUCCAGGUAAAGUUAUAUUUUCUUAGUCCAAGAGCCCUCUAAAAAUGACUGUCAACAUACUCGGUGCUCAUAGAUGAUGGGCCGGGGUUUGUGUUAUAAUUGCAGCCUCAAGAAGAUUGUCUUUUUCUGUGGUUGAAACAUCACUAUGAAACGACACAUCUACUUUGUUUCCCCUCUUACUCUGGUAUAACAUCAGGCAGUGAACAGUGUGUGCACUGAGGGGUAUGACAGACUUGACCUUGUAGAAGUUGUUCUUAGAGCAAUUCACGUGAAUUUUGAAAAUGGGUGUCAGUAUGAGCUGUAGAUGUGUCUUUUUGCUGGUGUGAUUGUACAGAGGUACUGUGUCACCAGGGAGACAAAGGGUGGCCAUCAGUAAUGUGGUGUUCUCUAGAAGGCCUUUAUGGAAAAGUGGAUUGACGUGAACACGUGAAUGUGGUUAUAGUUAAGUCAACAUUGAACUAGUAACCUCUUUUCUGUGCAUAUGUUUAUUAAGGACAAAGUUACAACUGGCUUUCAGACUCAGGCUUCAUGAUCCCAUAUUGUGUCUGUGUUUGAUUUUGCCAGAGAAGUAAGUGUUUUAUCCCUUUCAGGUCUCAAGAAUAACUUUAUUGCCUAAUGAUAAGGUCAAAGCUAUAGGAAGCAGGUUGGGUUCUUGUUUUGAAUUGUUGAACAAUUGUUCUUCCACCAGGAAAAAAAUGAGGUUAAAGCGCAAGCACAUCUGCAAUUGUAUUACCUUGGGAAUUCUUAAAAGCAGAAAACCCACAUCUCUUGUACUAGUAAGAGCAGUUGUCAUUUGCAAAAUGCUUGCUUCCAUUUUUACUUGUUGGGUUCAGUGUUUUUGUUAGUAGUUGUUGUUAAGGAUGAAUCUUUUUAGAGAGUUUGGCAUGCUGUGAAAUCUGACCAGCUGUCUAAAUAUAGUUUGUUUAUAUGGAAAUGCAAACAAAUCCAUUAUUUUUUAGUGGGUACUUUGUAAUUGUCAGACUUUGAAUAAUCUAGACAAAAAUCAGUGUUUUCAUUUAACUUGUUUUGCACAGUCUAUUCUCUCUGUGUCCACAUGCAAACAUGCAGAGGCAAGAUAGCAGCAGCCAACUGUGUAGAAUUGCUUCCUUGAAACUGGAGAUAACUCAGAAAUUCAGGUGAAAGGUUUAAAAUGUUUCAAUUUGUAUAGCCAAAGCCUUAAGGCAAUUGUCAUUAACAAAAUGGUCUUUCACCUUCAUUCUUCAUGUUGCAAGCAGUAGCUUCUGACUUACUAUUUAUCUUUUUAAUGGUUUAUACUUACAUUAGAAACCCCAAGUUUGCUACAGGGUAUUGAGAAAUGUUUUGUAACUUAUGAUGAUUCAUGGGAAGGUUUUGGUAAACUGUUCUGGAUUGUAUUUCAUGGUAACUUGUACUAUUAAGGGCAACUUUGGUGUGUAGGUAAGAUUGUUCUUUCACAUCACCUGCACAAAUAAGUGCCUGCUGGUACAGUUACGUUAACUUGAACAUAACAUUCAAGGAACUGCAUAUUGCAUUAGUAUUACGGAAGCUUGAAUCCAAGUGUCUGAACUUGUACUUUAAUCUACUAUAUCAAUGAAGGAAAAGAUUACGAAUUUAAGGUUGAUGUAUUUGUCUUCAUUACCAAGAUGUCCAAAUUAUUGGCUAUUUACCCUCCUAUAAUAGAUUCUGAGACCAAAAAAGAUACCUUAAAAGUUAUUAUAAUUGAACCAAGAAAAUUAGUAAAGAUCAGUGAGUUUUCAAAAACAUUAUAGUAGUUUCUCUGUACUGUGCAAUGCUGUUGAAAAAACAAACAACAAAAAAACCCCUCCACAAACUCUCCAAAUGUUCUUUUAUUUGCAGCCAAAGUAAAUAAUUUUAACCUGGCAAAUACUCACUUGCCAACUUUUGUAAGGAGUGCAAGUGGAAUGUUAUUUCAGUGUUCUGUUGGAGUACGUGGUGAUGUCUUAUGAAAUUUCAGUACUACUAAUAGACCAACACAUUGUUUACAUUGGAACAUUGGUUAAAAUUUAAACUAAGUAAGUUGUGCUUUAAAAUGAUGCUUUAAAUCAACCAGAUGUGAGACUUUCGACGUAUUUUUGCAUGGGUUUUUGUGUUUUCUGUAGUGUUCUUCUGCCUCAUACCAUAGUGAUUUCUGUUGUGUUUUUGCUUUUCUUAUGGGACCUAAACAUAGAAAGUCAUGGAAAGAACAACCCAGGGCAGGCAAGAGUUCAAAGGUUUUUUAAUGUACCAUGAGCAUUGUUUGAAAGCAUGUGUCUGAUUCCUUAAUUGUGGGCACAGAAGUAACUUCUCAUCCUUCAUUUUGGCUUCUAUGCUGUUUUAUUUACCUUACAUAAUACCCUGUCUGAGAAACGGAGACAACUUAUUGAUUAAAGCAUAUGAAACAAGCGUAUGGUGUGUAAGCAGGUAAAAAAGGACAUGUGUAAUGUAUUUUAGAUCUCAUUUCCUAUGUUGAUUCUGUAUUAAAAGAAUGAAAAUACAUUAAGCAAUGCAAUAACUGCAUCCCAGUAAACACAAAGCCAACAUCUGUGUUUUCUAAAAGUACCUCACUGAAACUAGAAUUGGGAAAAAUAAAACUUUAUUGCAGAUUUGGAGAGAAAUGGAAAUGCUAAUCUAAAAAUCAUAUAUCUUUUUUUUUUUCUCCUCUCAGUUGGGGAGAAUAAGAUUUUGCUGCCUUUACUCUCUCUGGAAAAAUACAGCUCAUUCUUUUUGUUAGGAUAAUGCUUAGAUAUUUCAGAGAUGCAAACAACAAUAAAGAGCGUUAUUCCAUAAUAGAAAUGCUUUAUAUAGGGAGUUAGUUACAUUAAAUAAUUGAACGAACUAGUUUGGAACAAAGGAAGCAUUUAAUCAGUCUGAAGCACAAUUCCAGUGUGAUGGAUGUGCCCUGCUGUCCAAGAAGCCGGUCCAGAAUCUGAGCCCCAAUUUGUACAGUCCAAGUGCAGUGUCACCCACCCAUCUGAUUUUGCAGAGUAGUUGUUAAAAACUAAUGAGAUGUGCUUUACUACAGACUAAUGAGGUGUGCUUUAUCUGCAGAGGAUUGUAAGCAGAUGUGAUGUGCAAGUGUCUCACUGGAGAGGAGGAGAUGGUAAAUUACGGGUGCGCUGAGCUUGGGUGGCAUGUAUACAUGUAUAUGUGCCUCCUGCAGCAUGCAGCUGAUCAAGGAGGCUGCGCUCACCUAACAGCUUGUCAGCAGCCAACAAAGCUGUCUUAUUCCCAUGUUCUCUGCUCCUUCAUGGGCUGAUUAACAUUUUUUAAGCAGCAGAAAACUGAGAAGUGAUAGGAAAAACUGGGUAGCUUUCUGCUGGUGAAACUGUGGGACUAGUGAACUGAAUCAACUUGUCAUAGAUUCAGAAGAAGACCACAACUAUCACAAGGAGGCAGCAAGUCUACUGGCUAUAAAAAAAGCAAGAAGUGAGUGUAGGAAUAUCACCUGAGUUGUCAGUAUGCCCCCUCGUUUGUUGGUAGGUGUGUAUGCAUCAAAAGCAUUUGUCAGACCUCCUGUGCAGAGACUCCCCGUUCAGCCUGGCUGAUGACAGGACAGAGCUGGGUUUGUGUCUCUGCUUGAUUCAGGAGGGAGCUGGUUCCCAGCUUGUAGCACCCGAUGGGAUGUGUGUAUUGCAAUGAAUGGCUGUCUUGCUGUAUGGGCAAGUCCCACAAAGUGAGGUAAUGUGUUAGUGUAACAUUGCUUCUCUAUAAAAUAUAUUAUACAUACACGUAUAUAUCAUUAUAUAUACAUAUAUACAUUGCAGCUCUUCUGUUGGAACAAUCUUCAGUGAUUGAAAAUUCACACACAAGAUUCAUCUUGGCUCUUCUGCAUUAGCUGGGGUAGAAGAUACUUUAGAGUCCAGGUCUUCAUUAGCUUGACAAUCCAUCUCCAUAUUAAAUCACUGAAUUUUAUACCGUAUGUUUGUUACAAAAGUCACCAUAUGUGGCUGGGAAUGCAAGCCGACCUACUUAAACCACAACUCUUCCCAGCAGUGUGAGAUACAUCUAGAGAUGAGUGUUCAUCGUGCUGAAAUCUCAACACAAGGGCGCUCAUUUCUGCGUUUUAAAAAGUGCUCUCUCUAAAAGGAAGAGGGUGGAUUAAAUGGUGAAUUUAUUUUUAUUGAAGCUGAUCAGCUUUUGAUCCCCUGUAUUGGGUUUUUAGGCUCUGUGCUUCCUAAUGUGGUCUUAGAAUAGUAAGAUUUACUUCUUCGUUGUGCAAGAUGGAGUUGAGUAUUAGUUAGCAUUUAUAGCAUUAGCUCUCUUGCUGACAAAUAUUAGAGAAACGUUUUUCAUUCCCUUGCUCUUGCUUUCUUUUUUUUUUUUUUUAAGCUGCUUACUUCUGUCAUUCAAUUUAUCCUUUGCUUUCAAUUAUAACUACAAGAUACAUCAAAAGUAGGGGUGGUAGAAAUAAAUCUUGCAGCAAUUUUUAAGUAAAACAAACAGCAUCUUUAAAAAACACUCGUUUAAUACCACUGCUUUUAUAAAUAGUCGAGUGGACUGAAGGGCAGUGAAAUUGUUAACCUUUUUACUAGAUCUUAUACACUCUGCGUUAGUAUAAUUUGCAAGCCCAGAUUAUAAAGUAUCAUCUUCCAUGCAUCAGAUCUUUAUACUUGUUGCAUAAUUUGAUUUUGUUUAAUACUGAAAAGACCAAAUUAGAAGAAAUAAAAAGGAGAAGUUAGUUAUUUUUUUCCUGUCUUCUACAAACUGACUUCAAACUAAUGUGUGUGUAGCUUUGGCUUCUGUGGACUCAUCUUUCAGCUGCUGAAGUCAGCUUGAGUUGUUAUGUGUUUUCUGAAGACUCAUUUAUGCUUUCAGUAAGUAGGGACUGUAAAAACACUAGAAGUGAAUGAGGAGGCCACUGUUGAUUUUGAUUGCCAACAUUUUUUUGACGUUUGGUAGCUAAAGCUGUGUGAAUGAACAGGAGGAACAGGAACUGGUUAGACAAAGAUAUUUAAAGUAACUUUAGAAAUGACAUUUUGACAAAGCCACCUGUUUUCUGUGGAGGGACUAAUACCUCUGCUGGGGAAAGCUGUCGAUUUUUUUCUUGUUUUAGCUUUCCAAAUAAGGGCUUUGAGAGUGGAGAGAGAGAUGUUAUUUUUCUUACGAUCAUAAAGCUAUGAAAUGGGGUCAGAAACUGAACUGUAGUCUUAGAUCCUUCUCUACUGUGUUCUGUUUGUCAGUCUUUUCAGGACUGAUAGGUCUCAGAGAGACAUAACAAUUAUCCAUUAUUCAAGUAUUGCAAAAAAAUAAUGUAUGCAUUAUUAACAAAUCUACAAAAAUUAAUGAAAACUCCAUGGAUGUUUUGAACCUUGUUUUCUUCUGCAUGCUAAUAAAUUCCCUUGGCAUGAGAUUUUCUCAUUCAGCAAGGGAGAAGGGAGAUCCCAAACACCAACAAUAUUAAAAACCUGAACAUCAGUAUCUGCCCCGUCAUUUUUGUGAGGGAGAGAGGAUUGGCACUGCCCCUUUUCUCCUAGCGCUCCUGCCGUUGUUGAAGGUGAAAUAUUUGUUCAUUUUAUCAUGUGAAAAAUGUCAGUCGGUGGUGCCAGACAGGUAGUCACUACGUAGAACUCUGUGCACUGCUUCUCUUCUGCGAUAAACUUCAAAACACUUGGUUGUCCACUGGCAGACUUUCACAGAGACUGGACCACAGAGUCAGCUUAGAGAUUUAUGUGAAACAACUCUGCAAAUUCCCAGUGCUUGCAUUUAAGCUAUAGUUACAAUUUGUAUCACCUGUGCUAUUUCACGUGUAGUAGGUAUACCUUGUUAUUUGCACUUUCAAAACAUUGAAAGUAUUCUUUGAGGGAAAAAACCCUGACAUGUCUUCCUAUUACAUUUGUAGAGUACGUAGCAUAAUACACCUGGGAAUUUGAAACAUGGUGCCAAUAAACAAUGACAGCAACUGUUAGCUGUUGAUAUUACUUUCUUGCAUUAAUUCUAUAAAUAUCUGGAUUCUUGAGUGGAAAUGAGAGUCUUGAAUGCAAUUUGUCGCGCACUUAGAGGAAACCUUUGCUUUCCUGAAGGCUUUCAGUUGUCGGGGCCUCUCUAGGUUUGCAGGUCUACCCUAGAAAACUUGUGACAAUAUCCUCUGGCAAGUUUUUUCACCAUUGGUGGAGAACACUCUAUUUCUAGUGACAUUGAAUGUAGGUAAGGUUGUAGUCAUCCCUGACAUUUGCAGUAUGACACAGAGGUCUGUUUGGCAUGGCUCUAUGUAAGAUGUACCUUUUUUCUUUUGUAGAAUCACUGUCAUAAUGAAAUUCUGUUUCCAUUCAUUGUCCGUCAAAUGCACUGCUUAGAAUCAAGAAACAUUGUAGUUACUAUACUGUAAAUAUACAGAACAACUUUUUAUUUUCUUCUGGGAGCAGAACAAAACCACUGCAUUUUCACAUUCGGGUAUUUCUAGAAAGAGUGAAUGAAUCAAGAGUUCCUCCUUUGGAAAGCACUCCAUUUAAAUCAUUGCAUGCAAGUGAGCACAACAAACGGUUUUAGGGGAACAUAAAACCAAGCCAGUCAUUUCUCACCAUCAGUCAUGGUUGGAACAGGAAGCGUGAAAUACCUUGAGUUUCAGUCCUUUUUCCGCUAUUCCCACUUGCAGGCUUCAUUUCAAAGGAAACAAGUAUUUUCAGUACUAUCACUGUCACCUCUUGAAUUCUUAAAAAUAUUAAAGAGUUACCAGAAGGUGAUGUGAUAAAAUGCUAAAGCUUAAACUACAAAAUACUUCUGUAUGUGCUAAAAGCCUAAAAUCAGGAUCUGACUCUUUAAGGAAAGUGGUGGUACUCAGUAGCAAAGAAGAACACUUAUUUUUGUUGCCUUAGACUUCUGUUUUCUUUGAGGAUAGUAGCUUGCUCUAUAUGUGGGAGGAACUUACAGAAUUGAAGGUAAAAACUAAACAUUAUUAUUUCUUCUGUGUUUAGAAGUUAUAAUAAUGUAGGAUAUUUAAGGAUUUCUGUCUUUCAAGAGAUGGACAGUUUGUGUUUGAAGAGGGCAGAAAUACUUUAGAUAUUUCUGUCUCGUCAGUUAAUUACCAAAUAUAUUUUGCUUAGCACUGCAGAACUUCAUUGACAGAUAAACUUGGUAUUCUUAGUUAUGUCUUAUAAAUAUAGAGCAACUCAAGUUUGUUUGAAUGUAGAAAUUCAGCACUAAAUCUCAUCACAAACCCCAAGUUUGGUGGUGAAGGGAGAGCUUCUGUAUGGGCUCCUCUACUAUCCCCAGGAAGGGUUACCUCUAACAUGGGUAUCGGUUCUCAAAUCAAAAUACUAGUAAGUGAUGCACUUGCCAUAGUGACCUUGCUUGAGAGCUGAGAUAAAGUUCAGUACCUAAAUAUUUUCCUUAUCCUGUUUUACGUGCCUUUUAUCAGCUUUGAGCUUCAGGAUGAUGGUGCAGAUCUCCUUUAGUAUUAGAGACCUGUUUGAAAAGCAGGAAUAGACAUAGAUCCUUCAGUAAAGGCUCAGUACCCACUCUUGCAAGCUCAUUUCAUUAACUGUACUACUGGAUAUUUAAAGGAAAAGCCACUUUGGUUUGUCACUAUUCAGGUAAUCUCAAAGCCAGCAAAGUUCUAGGUUAUGCAUUGUUUCUGCACACAAAAAUAAUUCAGUCUCUGUCCUGCAGUAGAGGAAGCCACAUUAAAACUGAGCUGAAAAGGACUUCCAUCCACUAAAUGGAGGUUUCAUUUGAAUGUUUCAUUCAUACUUUCAAGUGGAAACUUGGUAAAUUAAUUGAAGAUGAUGUUCAGCAUCGGAACUGGAAGUUACUGGUGUCUGCUGUGCGGCUGGGGAGAUUCCCAAUGUCUGCUGGAGUCUCUCCUUCCGUGCCGACUCUGAACCGGCCAAGGGCAGCUCCAGUUCUUUGGCACUAAACUGGGAUUCUGGGAGGGAUGAGCCUGGUGAAGUGUAGGAACCAUUGGCUGCAAAUUUUGAGCCAUGAGCUGAGAUUGAGGAUUAUGGGGAAAAAACCCAGCAAAAGCUCAGCUAAACUAACAAAUAAAAUCAUGAAAGGCUGAUUUUUUCAAACAUAAAAGUUCAUUUUGCUUUUUUCUUUUCUUUCUUGGUAAAAGCCUUUUCUGACUGAACAGUCAAUUUAACCCAACUAAUCUGAUCAUCAGGGAAGUAUAAAGCAUGAGCUUUUUCUUAUGAACCAAGUGAGAAGGUGUUUUGGAAUUCACAAUUCAGAUGAUUCAGGAUUGGGAUGCCUGAUUUACCUUCUGUGACAAAGCUCUGACGUUUAAACAUGGCUAAAAGCUGGCGGUUGUGAGGAUGAGGAAGGUGCUUAAUGUGUGCAGAGAAAAUUGAGAGUGAAAUGCUAAAGGACACAAAUAUUUUUUUAUUCUGCGUUGUGAAGAUUAGCUUGAGAAGUGUUACUGUCUGGGGGGAUAUUCUUAUUCCUAAAUAAGACUUACGUUUGAAUUAGCAUAGUCUGUUUCAGAAAUUCUACUUUAAAGGUACACUUUACCUAGCCUGAAUUAUCUUGAAACACUUAUUUCCAUUUUUUUUUUUCCUGCCUGUCUGUUCUAAUAAAUAAUUAUUUCAGUGCUUUAAAAACAGUGGAGAAAAAUGCAAUACAGUUUAGCUUUAAAAAUACAUAUUUUGUACUGGAUUAAAAAAAAAUCUAGUGCUAUUGAUUAGACCAUUUUGAAUGUAGCCAGAUACAGGUUAACAUUUUGAGAGUUACUUAGUGCUUUCAAUUUUUCAUUGUUUGUUCCUUUAAAAUAGUGCUGUGGCUUCUCUUUGAUUUUUGUCAUUGGCAGCUCUAAAUGUAAAUGUUAAAAUCAAAGUAACUUUGUAGGCAGAGAGACAGGUGCACUUGUUCAACAAAUUGAUCACAAAUGUAUCAGACACCUGUUAUUUGAUUUCCCCAGCAGAAAAGAGCAAAUAUUUUCUUGGAACCCAACUUGAAGUCUGGCCGGAUAAGAUUACCUUAGAAGUUUGUGUCCUUGGGCUGGAGAAAAGAGGGGAAGAGAAGCAAAAUAACCUUUUGUUUUGUUUAUAAGCCCUUUCUGUUACAUAGUCAAAACAAUCUCAAAAUUACAGUGUUCAAGUGAAGCAUUUUCCUUGGAGGUAACCUUUGUAAAAGACAGGGAAAGGGUGGUUUUGGUUUUGAGGUUCUUCACGAAUAUUUUGCCAAGGGGCACUGCAUCUGCGGCGAUGCUCGUUCUCCGUGGUGGAAGGCUGUGGCUGCAGAGUUUCCAUCCCGUUGAGACUGGCUUGAUGGUUAUCAUUUAAUUUUCCUAUGAAGUGCAAACUCAGAGGAUCUUUAAAAUCAGUCACAAACUUUCUGUUGGCAUUUUGACUAAAACACCUGCUGUGGAAGGAGAAGCAUUCUUCAGAUCACUAUCGGUGUGAAAGUGAAAGGCAAGGGUGGGGAGUAAGGGAGCGGGAGAGUCCAGGAGGAGACAAAGCAGCCUUGCCUGAAGCACAUGUUAAUCAAAGCGAGAUCAAAGGAUAUGAUGUCAGUUUAUAGAGAAACAGGUCAGGCAAGCCCAGGUAGCUCAGGAAGCAGGAUGCUAAUUAUUCACAGAAGAAAGUCAGGUAUACGGUUACCGUGCUACAGUUGAAAGUCGGGAGGUCAAAACUUGCACAGCAACCGAGUCAACUUGAUAGAACAGCUUGGGUUCUUACGCAGGGGAAUUUAUAGUUUCCUAGAAAUGGGAGAGAAUGAGUCUGGUGUCCCAAGUCCGUCCCAACAAGGCUCUUGCUUACAAAUCACCUGACGAAAAUACAAUGAAGAAGUAGUUGUGCGACAUGUGCUCAUCCGUCACUCCGGUUAUUCCACAGCAGCUUUCCAGCGAGCAAGUUGGGAAGACCGGCUUUCCAGUGGAAGCUCUUUAGGAUAAAAAGAUGGCGUAUCACAAAGUGAACGCAGACCAGAGAGCACAGGGGCACUCUCCGUACCUCGACAGCGAUGACCUCCAAGCCACAGCGCUGGACCUGGAGUGGGACAUGGAGAAGGAGCUGGAGGAGCCUGGCUUUGACCAUUUCCGACUGGAUGGUGCCAUCCAGCGUCACCUGGGACACUCGCAGAGCCCUGACCUUGAUCUCGAGCCCAUCCAGCCUUCGUCUUCUCCUAAGGGAAGGUUCCAGCGGCUUCAGGAAGACCCUGACUAUGUCUCACACUAUAUGAGACAGACACCAAAGAGCAACCGCUGCAGCUUUUUUCAGAUACUGAAAGUAUUUUGCACUGCUUUGAUUGUAUUUAUUUUUGGAAUUGUGAUAGGAUAUUAUGCACGUAAGAAAUGCCCGUCUCCUCCAACAUCUCAAGAACCAAAUAACCCUCAUCUCUACCAUGAAAUUCUCAAGGAAAUUAAAGCAGAGAACAUUCAACAGAUUUACAGAGAUUUGUUACGAUCCCCUAGAGAAGAUGAUGUAGACAUUGCAAUGAAAAUUCUGGUUCAGUGGACUUCCCAAGGCCUUGAAGAUGUCCGGCUGGUAAAUUACUCUGUUUUGCUUGACCUACCAGGCUCUUCUUCAAACACAAUAACUCUGAAAAACAGCGGUGAAUGCUUUUAUCCCAGUGGACAGCGGUGCAACAGGGACACCAAAAUGCUUCAUAGCCAAGACCUCCUGUACUCGUAUGCAGCUUACUCUGCCAAAGGAGCUCUUGAGGCAGAACUUGUUGAUGUGCAGUAUGGGACCGUUGAAGACUUGAUCCGGAUUCAAGCCACUACAAACGUCACCAAAAAAAUUGCACUUUUGAAGCUAGGACAGUCACCUCUACUUUAUAAGCUUUCUCUGUUAGAAGAUGCAGGGUUUGGCGGUGUUCUUCUUUACAUUGAUCCUUGUGACUUACCAAAGACUACAGAUCUUGCUGAUAAAGCUUUUAUGGUGUCCUUGAACAGCGGAGGAGAUCCAUCAACACCUGGUUAUGCCAGUAUUGAUGGAAGCUACAGACAAAAUCGACUGAACCUCACAACACUGUUAGUACAACCUAUUUCUGCAGUGCUUGCCAAGAAGCUUGUUUCCUUACCUGAGGACACUGUUCAAAAAGAUAGGUGUAUACCCCUCCAAAUGCCAGCUACAGGCAAAAAAAUAAUCAGUCUGAAUAUUCAGUCAGUCACAACUUACAAGACAAUUUCUAAUGUUAUUGGAUAUUUAAAAGGAACUGUAUUUCCUGACAGGUACGUCAUCAUUGGUAGUCAUCACAGCAGUUUAAAUACUUACGGUGGACAAGAAUGGGCCAGUAGCACUGCAGUCAUCACAGCAUUUUUACAAGCCUUGAUGUUGAAGGUGAAGAAAGGCUGGACGCCUGAUCGGACCAUUGUUUUCUGCUCGUGGGGAGGAACAUCAUUUGGGAACAUUGGUUCAUAUGAAUGGGCGGAGGAUCUCAAGAGAGUUCUUCAAAGAAAUGUCGUGGCCUAUAUUAGCCUUCAUAACCCAGUCAGAGGCAACACAACUUUACACCCUGUUGCAUCUCCUUCUCUUCAGCAACUGGCAGCAGAGAGCCAGAGCUCCAACUGUGUGGAAAAGACUAGAUGUCCAGGAUCUAAUGUGAGUUCUGUGCAGAUACAAGGAGAUUCAGAUUAUUUCAUCAACCAUCUUGGAGUACCUGCCAUGCAGUUUUCUUAUGAGGACAUCAAAACAUCAGAGAAUUCUAGCUUUCUCUCUGAAGCUCUUUUUCCUGUACAUACAACAAAAACAGAAGAGCUGGAUCCCUCCUUCAGCCUACACGAGACCAUUGCAAAGCUAACAGGACAAGUGACUUUGCAGAUUGCCAGUGAACCAGUUUUGCCGUUUAAUGCCCUCGACAUCGCAUUAGAAGUUCAGAACAGUCUUAAAGGUGAUGACAUAGAUAUUCCUCAGUUGCUGGCAUUGGCAUCACAGCUAAGGGACACUGCAGAAUUGUUCCAAUCAGAUGAGAUGCGCCCAGCUAAUGACCCCAAGGAGCGGGCUCCUAUCAGAGUCAGGAUGCUCAAUGAUGUGCUACAAAGCUUGGAGAAAAGCUUCCUGGUUCAUCGAGCUCCUCCAGGACUUUACAGGAAUAUUCUUUACAGACUGGAUGAAAGGACAAGCCGGUUUUCAGUAUUGCUAGAGGCACGGGAGCACUGCAAACUACAUCUGUCAAAUGAGACCAUGCAAGCAGCCUUGUCAGAGGUGCUGAACAGCAUCAGUUCAGCUCAGGUUUACUUCAAAGCAGGACUUGAUGUGUUUGAGUCUACCUUAGCUGGAAAGAAAUGAGAGAAUUCUCUGCAUUCUAAGACUUUUGUUUACAACUAGCUAAACAAAAGUUGAGCUUGGACCAGAAUUUCUCUGAGGAUGAAACCUUUCUCAACUUUUCUUUCAGUUGGCGCUUAAAGGUACCACAAUGCGCGUUUUUAUAAAUAUAAAACAGUCUUUUGCACUGUUCACAGUAUAUCUCAAGUGUCUGUUUCUGAAUGUAGAAAACAUAAUGAGAGGGAAUAAUACUUAAGAUAUGAUUUUUGAAAGGACAUCUGCUGUAUUUUUUAAUGUAAGAUAUAUUUUUAUGACUUAAGAGCUCAAUCUUGCAAAAUACCAAGCACAUUCUGCAAUAUGCUGAAGACCUGGUUCUGAGACACCCCAGGUGCAUAGCCAGGUGAGCUUUCCACACCUACUGUCAGAAAAAUGUGAUUUACUUAUACUCUUGUGUUUCUUAGCUUCCUCAGUAAACUCAUCUUCCUACUCCUUUCAGAGUAAACAGUUGAAGGAUUUGGCAUUUCUUUGGGUAACCAGCACCAGUGUUAAUCAGGAAAUGCACAAAACACCCUUACCAGUGCAAUCCAACAGUGCUGUGGAACAAAAAAUACCUCAUUUCUGAGAAUAUGGAUAAAAUUUGAUAAUCCUGUUUCUGUAGGAAAAAUACUUGUUUUCUUUAGCAAUUCUUGGAGAGAAAACUUUUGUGAUGAUUUCAAAUUAUUUGAAAAGUUUGAAUCAGGAAUUACGCUUGUACAAAAAUACUUUAAAUUUUUGUGUUAAAUAAAAUAACUGCCUAGUCUGAUAAGGCUACAGGCCUUAUAAGCUUAUACAUUCCCAAAACAGGCUCUCCCUAAAUUUCUAGAGAACAGUAAAUGAAAAGACCUAAAACUUCUGGGAACAUUUUUGGAGUUCCACCACCUGCUGUUCCAGGCUGGAUCAUUCCAUCAGUAGUGCCUGGCAUGUAUGACCUGGAUUGUUGUUAAAAAAGCACAAGCAAAACAUAAAUUGGUUCCCUACUGCAAAACCAGGAAUUCACCUCUGAAGGCACAAGCUGAUGAAUCAUAUUGCAGGAAUAAAACUCUAAUCUGUUUUGGAUUGGUGGAAGCCCUGUUCAAAGGCUGUAUUCACACCAUUACCUUGUUGACCUGAAGUAAUCCUUGAAUGAGAAGAACAGGAAGUUCAGUGUCCUAAACUCUAAGGGGGUAAUAUACACACUUGAGAAUUGCAGGUCUGAAUGAUAUAAACAGCUGAAAUUGUUAAGCCCUAUUGGGUUUAGAGUUUUAAAAUCUCAGAUGAUUCUGGGAUCAGAGCAUAAAAAAUUAAUUUUAUAUAGAUACUUAGAAUUGAAAUAUAAUUUAUUUGAUGGAAAUAUUAAAUGUAUUGUUACCUGUUUUGCCAUGGAAACAUUACAGAAACAUUUCAGGUUGCAAUGAAAAUGGAAAAAGUAUCUGCAUUGAUGUAAAAAAAUUACCUUCAGGAAAACUUCAAAGUGCACAAUUUGGUGAGAGGAUGAAAGCUCAUGAAACAGUACAACUUUUAAAAGUCCAUGUUCACAAAGCAAGAGAGUUGUUUACAGAUCUGGGUUUCUGUUUUCAAAAGUCCUUGGCAAAUGGGUCUCUGCUCACAAUGACCUGGGAUUAGGUACACAUAGCUGUGCUGUUGCUACAUUUCUUUGCAAGUUAUUAUUAUAAUAUGGGCAAAAGCAUCCCAGGUCUGACCAGAGGUCGGUUGAUUCAGUUGUACAGCUACAACUGAAGUAGGAAUAUGGUCAACAUCAGUCAGCGUGACUGCAUGAACUUAGACAUGAUUAUCUCCUAUAUUUACUUGUCAACUGGUAAGCAAGAGUGUAUGUUUUAUCUUCUGCUGAUGCUGGUACCAAUUUAGUUUACUGAAGAGAGAAUUUGACUCUGAAAAGUGAACAGUUUUUCUGAUAUUGAAAUGUUUGUGCAUCCCCUUGUUUCCAUAGUUCUAAUUAUUGUGAUGUUUAAAUGGUUGGAAUAGCCACAUUUGACUUGUAUGUUUAUUUUGUGAUAGUAUUCGGGGAGUUACUGUGCACACUAUAUUUGAAUUGUGUUUUCUAAUAGGGACCACUCUUCUAACAGAUCAUUUAGAAACAUCUUUCCUUUAGCGUGCUGACUUGUAGUGGACCCAGUGUCUAUAGUCUUAAAUGAUACAGGGUCAGGUGCCAUUAAGAGACCAUAACCAGAAAUUAAAACUUCCUUUAACUCUGCCAGGUGAAUUUAAUAACUGCUUCUUUAGUCUUAGUAUGUAUGUUCCACCAAAACCACUUCUGAUGUGGCCAAAGUGUACUCAUGCAAAAUCAGUGAAAUCUGUUGGGAAGAUUAUCCCUUUUGUAUGAUUUCUCAACCAUGUAAUUCCUCACUAAAACAUUUAUCUUGUUUUCUCACUAAUGUCCUUCUAUAACCACUUUUAAAGUAGCAGACUUCAAAGUACUACACCACAAAAAGCAGUGCUACUAUAAAUGCUUUUCUAUACUAGAGACAAUCAUAAUUCUUGUUGGUGAGAUUAAUCAGAUGAGCUAUUUAGAGACUUCAAUGCAUUGAUUUUGAUGUCAUCUCACACUUCUAGAUCUCAAGGCUUUUAUUUCAGAUGUUGAGAUCUCAUGUAUAAGUGAGUGCUCAGUGAUAAUAUUUGUACCAUUAUAGCUUCGGAAAAGGCACAUUUGAGCCAUAUCCUUCCAUUGAUUUUUAAAUACUAUCUAUUGACUUGAAAGAAUUUAUAGCAAGCUAAGGUCCUAAAUACCUGAUGUCUUUCUAACAUAGAAUUUUUGCCCAGCCAGCUGUGGAACAUCUGCUAAAGGAAGGUGUUAGUAAAUCGUAGUAGCUUGCCCAGAUUGAAUUCUUUCCUGUAUUGUGUUGAACUGAAUGGAGCACCCUUAAAGGCAGAAGUUAUGUUUGAAAAUUGCCUGAAUAAUACUAGAAUCUGUUACCUUUUCAGAAACAUCAACUGCCAGAGACAGCAUAACAAAUGUGUUGAUUGCUAGGUAAUAUAGAGUCAUUCUCACAGUGACCAGAAAAUCCCUGCAGCUUUCAGUACUUGUACAUUGAGACAGUUGAUAAUAAAAGGCUAAUAAGAUUUUAUUAGUGAAUAUUUUAAAGAGUCUAUAAAGCAGCUAAAGUACAAUCAACUCAGAUGAAUAAUAGGUACACGGGAGCUAGAUUUUGAGUGCUAACCUUAAAAAAGGCAGUUAAUUGUCUUUAUCAUCCAAAAAGAACAGUAUGUGUGCGAAUAUGCAAACACACAAAUGCCUUAUAACUUCAAAACACUGUGCAAACAUUUAUUUACUUUUAGUGAUAUGCUACAUCUACAUAAACACAGAGAUAAAUAAUAUCUACAUCAGAAGAUUAGCAGACACUUUGCACUGCUUCACUUUUUAGGAAAGUGUUUAAGUCUGGAGGUGUAAAAGAAGGAACUUCAGCUGACUUCAGUUCUUGGAGCAGUAGCUGGGGAAAGAUUAAAUCUCUCAGGUAUCACCGAAGGGACCUCUGGAGGUCAUCUAGUCCAACCUCCCUGCUCAAUAGGGUCUCCUAGAGCCAGUUGUCCAGUGGUGACUAUGUCCAGAUUUCUUUUGAAUAUCUUAAAGGAUGGAGAUUCCACAACCUCUCUGGGCAACUGUGCCAGUGCUUGGUCACCCUUGCAAAGAAGUGUUUUGUUCUUCUGUAGAUACAGUUUCUCCAAAUGUCUCCCUCUGCUUCUUAGUUGUUAAGUUAUUGUGAUUGGUCUAAUUACAAGUGUUCAAAAGAGGACUAUCAUUCAGUGAAAACUCUUGGCCAAGGUCCGUAGGAUUUCAUGCUUAAUAUGUUGAAAAGUUCGUAUAAGGAGAUCUGUCCUUUAAGCCAUGGACUUUAUUUUAAGUUGUAGAGACUAAUGUCUUUUAUCUUUUGAGGUCUUUUUGUAUGGUGUCUGAUUUCCAGUCACAGUAUUUCUAUAUGCAUUAAGAGAGUGACUGAGAACAAAAGAUGCUUUAAAAAAGGCAGGAGGGAAAAAUACCCAUCAACAUACGCGUAGCUAUGUGCUAUGAAUGUAUCUAUUUUAACCAAACUUUGGGAGCUCAGUGCAAUUCUAUGGCUUUUGUUGUGCAGCAAGUCAGGCAAUAUAAUUGUGUAUGUCAUUCUGGCUUUAAAAGCUAUUAAAUACCAUAAACAUAGUUAUGUCUGGGCCUGUACUUUCAAGGGAGCAGUUAAGAGUUUCCUCCAAAGCCUUGUGUUGCAAACUGCUCUCUGUGUUACUCAGAAGCAGGUACCUCUGACAUAUGUUAUAGUUGCUACCUCAGGAAACAGAGUCUGGAAGAUGUUCUUUCCCUUUAGCACUCUCUAAAUUUUAGCAGUGUUGCCAGUCAGUCACAGAAAGGUGAAUGAUAGGAAACAAAGCUCAUUUUAAGAUGCCUGGGACCUGAAUUUUGAAAACAGCCUUAUACAGCACAGUGAAUGUUCAAAACUCAGGUGUGUUCUGUUGGAGCUCUGAGUCUACCAAACUUGGAAUAGAGGCUCCAAUGUGGCAAGUUAAUGUCUCAGAAAUAGAGUACACAAUUAGUUACCGUCUAUUAAAGGUUAUAUUAAUGGUAAAAAUUACUUGUCUACCAAUGCAGGGAUAGGAUUUCAUCACCCCGGAUAGUUUUUGGUGGCUUUAAUCAUCAGACCGUCGUCUUCUCCUCUACUACCAUCUUCUCCAAGCCCCUGCAUUCAGCUUCUCUCACAUCCUCAUGUCAUGUGAUGACUUUCCCCAUUCCUCAUGACCUUUUUCUCAGUCAUUUCCACUAGUUUUCUGUCUCCCUUCUAGUUCCUUAUUACUUCUUAAUCUUCUCUUUAAUUUGCCAGCCACCAAGUUAAUCCCCCUAUUUUCUCCCUGUGAUAUCAGUCACACGUUUUGUUCCCCAUCUGGUUCUCAACUCACCUCCCUUAUGUUUAGAUUCUUAUUCCUGGUACAGCUGACAAUAAUGAAGAGCUGAAAGUAAUGUAAAAGUCCUGCUCAGAUCCAAGCAGAUAAAAUGUAAGGAGACAUCAUCUGUUAAAUUCAAAGUAUUCUCUUCCGAGAAUGUGUAGUGAGCAAUUUUUUCAAUUAUAACUUGGCUGAAUGGAAGCAGAUUUUCUUGGGGCCUGCAAAGUAUUUUUGCCUAACUUAUUUCUCUCUACUGUCUAGACUGGCCAAUUCCCUCAAAACUAUCAGUAUAGGAAGCUGUUAAUCUUGAAAGUUUUGAAAUAAACUGUCCAAAGUUGGAUAAGAAAUUAUAGAGUCAGAGCUGCCUACUAUCUGCCUACAAAAUAAAAUAAGCAGUACGUAAGCACAUGAUUUUUUUUCUGACCUUAUGCAUGCCAUCCAAUGCUUUCAUUACAUGAUGUCUACACAUAAAAUUUAUGUGUGUAAAUGUCUGAGUAAGGAAAGAUGGUUAGAGCAGAAACAGAACUUGGUUACUCUAUUGCGGUGUUUUAAAUGUUUGAGGAUAAUAAGGACUGAAGCCAUAUGCACAAACCUGUACUUGAACAUGCACACUUAAACCUAGGACAUGCCUAAGAAUAGUGAAUGCUCUUCUAGGAAGCAAAGGAUUUAAGAAUAUUUAAAAUAGACUGCAUGUUUACUAAAACUAUGGUGCUAUCAAGUCUAACUUUUGUUUUUUCCUAAUUUUAAUCUCAUUGCCCCUGGUUAUUUCUAAUAUUGCUCAUACACACUUGUCAUAGCUGGAGAAUAUGUACACCUGCAGAUUUAGAUUUACUGGAAGAUUAUGCUUCCCCUCAGGCUUAUGGAUUUGCUCUGUUUUUUUUUCAGCAGGGUUGACUUUACCAUGACUUCUUAUCAGGGUACUGUUACACGUGAGUGAGGUCAGCAGAAUUUUGCCACUAUUUAUGGGCUUUCCCAAAAGAUUUGCUAUCAGAAUAUUGUUUAUUUACAUUUAGUCUGUUCUCUUUAAUCUCUCAACAUAGAUUAUUACAAGCAAGAGUAUAUUUUUCAAAAAACAGGCAAGAGUCUCUUGGUCAAUGUUAAUUAAGCCACAGCAGAGAAUACAAAUGUUUGUGUACAAGUGAUGUAUUAUAAUCUAGUAUUAACUUAAUAGUUAUUAUAAAUAUUGGCACGGAUUAAUGCACACAUUCUCUUGGGAGCUUCACAGAUUGGAAUUAAUACAAGGACUUAAUUUAAGAAAAGGCAUGGAACAACUUUUUUUGCUGUCUAAAUGUAGUAUAUGCUUACUCAUCUGCCUAAUCCAUUUGGUUGAAAAAGAUUAGGGUUUUGUUUAAGCUACUUUCCUCUGAUUUAAUUUUCAACAAGCCUUUGAAAAUGAAGUCUUGUUCUUUAUUUUUCUUUUAAAUGUGUGCUGCCUUAAGUGUCUAUGAAAAACUUACCAUGUGUUAGUGUACCAUCUUCUUGUCUGGUCAUUCCUGGAUUAUUUGAUAGAAUUAAAAAUGAUAUUUUAAAGCAUGGUCUUUGGAAGGAGGUUCUUUACUGACCAGUUAAUAUAUAUAUGAUACUAUAUGCUGGGGUGGCUGCCUUUACAAUGCAGUGGUAUAGGUAUGAAAUAUGAUGCUUUGAGGCACUAAUUUAAGAGAAAACAUUUUUUUUAAUAGUGUUGCAAAGACCUGCUAAUUUUCCCCCAUUUGAAACUCUUCUCUCCUGAGCAUACUGGUGAUAUAGCAGUGCAAUACCAAGUUCUCUUAGCACCUGCUACAAACUCUUACUACAGGUGGCAUGCUAGAGGGUUGCCUGAGCCAUCAGUAUAUUUCUACCAUUUUUACUUAUUGUCUCUUGUAGCCCCACUCAGCUUUUAUGUAGCACAAUCCUGAUACUGAUCUGAAGGACACCAAGGUGAGAUCCAUAGGUCUGACUGAUGGGUUAGCUUGCUACAGAAACUGCUGUUGCUCCCUACCCUUAAAAAGUAAAUAAUAAUUGGUAAGUGCUUCCCAAACUUGUGGUGUUUUCAGUCUGUGUACUGAGGAUUCAGAAAAAGUCCUGAACAAUGGGGUUUUUUUUCAUGCAGUCUCAUUACUUGUUCUCAACAGCUGAAACAUCUUGUAGUCUAUGAAUCCACUGCAGGAUAAAAAAGGAGAUGCUCGAUGUUCAUACUUAAAGCAGAUAAGAUGAAUACAAAUUCUCUUUGUUUUCCAUUUGCAGUUUAUGCAAGUUAAUAUGCAUCACACUCUCAUCACGUAUAUAGUAUGGUUUGGUCUUCUAAGACAAAUGGAAAAUGAAUGUGAUUCUGUAUCUAGAGGAAGUAUGAUGAAUUCAGGGAACACUUCACAUUGAAGUAUCUUUAACUGUUCGCAUAGUAUGAGAAGCAGUACAAGAUACUCAGAACAGAUACUUUUGGGAGUUUUAGUACAGGUCUGGAAAAUAAUAUUCUUCUGCAUAAGGCCAGAUUUUAGCAUUGCAUUCAUUCAUAGCUUCAUGGUAGUGCAUUGUACGUCCUCAUUGCUCUGCCUUUGAGGAUUAAUGCUCACGUGCUGUUAUCAGUGAUCAUGAUAGUGUCAAUAUGAACUAUUAUUUUUAUGUCAUGUUACACCUUACAAAGUUUACCUAAUCAGAUGGAAUAUACAAGUAUUUCUGCCUUUUGUGUGCAAAAGAGCAGCUGUCAAGUUCUGUUAUCUUUGUCAAGCUUUGACACAGAAUGUGAGAUGCCUGAAUGAUGACUGCUUCAUUCCAUCUGUUUCCAAAUUUCUGUGUAGUAAAAUCAAGUUGCCACAAUUGAUAGCUAGUCAAUUCAGAAUAUUAAGUAACUAGGUUUUCUUGAACAUGCAGUAAUAAAAACUUGAUGCGGUGAUUCCUGGAAACCAAUAAAUAUCAUGUUAUGUGGAAAUGUGCAAUGAAAGGUUGAUUUUUAUAACACAUUAUAGUAUGUUGAGUCUGAAUAGAACAGUUUAUUUGCAAAAUUAGUUUACUUUGUAUCAAUUUGUACUUUUAUAACAAAGUGUAAUAAAAAGGUAACAUUGGCCAUUAAUAUAAGUAGAUUCCACAUACUUCGAUUAAGAAGGACAUUUUACUUUUUGUGCUGUGAAUAUAAUUCUGCAGUUUCUGAGAGUGUUUGUACAGAAGGUACUGUGGACUGGAACUCAGUAAUAGACAUUUUGUGAAAGUGGUGUUUUUCCAUAGUUACAUUUUUGCUAGAAAUUAAACUGGAAUAUGAAGAUGUGUAUAAUGUACAUUGCACUGACUGAUUUGGAAUUAUAUUCAUUUGGUUUUUGUCGGUUUUGCUUUCUUUUUUUUAAUUGGUUCUGCCAGUGAGCUGUAACAUAUGCCUCUCAAGCUGCUGAUUCAGUAGAAUGGAUCCCAGGGCAGUAAAACAUAAUGAGAAGGAGGAAGAAAAAGAAUAGCUAGACAGAACUUGAGAACCUGGGGUGUGAUAAUUUACUGACAGGUAAAUUUUGGAUUAUCAACUUUUUUAGGUGUUGGCAUACAGAAAGCCCAGAUAUUCAGAUAAUUUGUCUUUCAGGUAGGAAGAAAUUGUCCUUGUAUAUUUUUGAGAAUCAAGAAUUUGAAAAGUAGGCAGAGACUUUGGAUCAAACUCAAAGUAUUCAGGAUGAGACUCUUAUUGAAAAAAAAUAAAAAAAAAAAAAGCUGCUGAACAGCCUUAAUGCUGUCUGAAGAAAGAAACCAGUCAGUUCUGAAAAUCUUGAUAUGUAAAAUUCAGAUGAUAUCAAAUUCAAAUGAUCAGUCUUUUUCCUGUAGUUCAGAGGUCUUGAAAUUAUAAGGUAGUUGUUAUCUCAGAAAAAUACGAAUUCCAUGUUUUGAUUAUAGUAUAUGACAACUUGGAGGCUCUUUUGUACUUACAAGGCACUUGAGAGGUGUAAUGAAAUAGGUUCAUUGUAAAAGAAUAUGUAUGUCCAAAAUUUAUUUCCAUUUUUUGUAGGGUUUUUUUGAAACUGCUUUUCUGUUCACCAGAUUAAAAGGAAAAAUAAAAGUGAUACCUUGAUAAUAUUUUUAAUCAUGGCUAGAUCAUUAACCUCAUUUGAUAAAUUAGCUCCUUACAAAGUGCAGCUCUAACUAGAAUAUCUCAUGUCGUAUUGAAGACUAAUUUGUGGAACAUAUUCCUUCAGAAUAUGUUUCCUUUAAGCCAUGUAAACUUGUGCCAUGAAAAUAAAAGCCAACUGUAUAUCAAAAGUUUUAUACGUGUAUCCAGUUUUCAGUUCCUGCUGACAGAUCUGUGGAAGCCAUUGUUACUGAAAAACGUAAUUGAAGCUAAAUGUUCUUUGCCUGGGCAUCAAAAUCUUCUCUGGGAAACUGGGCCAUUAUCCUCUUUCACUAAGUAUCCAUCUGAGCAAUUUAAUAAUAAUAAUAAUAAUAAUAAUAAUAAUAAUAAUAAUAAUAAUAAAUGUUUAUUUAACAUAAGUGUUCCAAGUAGUCGGGUUUGGUAUAGGACAGAUUUGUCUAAGAAAAUGGAAAUAUAAUGAAUCCUCUCCACUGUUUUAUUUAACCUUGAGAUUGUUAUGGCAUUUCUUGCACCUGUAUUUCUUAGCAAGUAGUAGCACAGAGAUCCAUAUGGGAGUGGAAUAUAAAGGAUCAUAUAAUUAUGAAGGCAUUUGCUUUUAUAUGAAGCGUAGGUAUGGUAACCAUGCAACUGAAGUAAUGGAUAAUUUGACGCAUCACAGUGAAGUGUUCACAUACAAGGCUGGUGAGCAGGAUGGGAGUAGAAACAGAUUCUGGCCAGUGGCAGCUGCCUGAUGGGGACAACAGUGGGUUGAAGGUCCUGAGAGUGCCAGAAGUGGGCACUGGGAAAGGCAGGUGCUGGUAAGACGAUUCUGUUGCACUAGGUACCAGAAAGCAGACAGUGGAGAUCUGGCUCCUGCCCAAAGAACUCUGAUGCCAGUUUAACCAGUUCAGGGUGAAGACCGGUAAGAGUGUUUCAGCCCAACACUGAUCUGUUUAGUUUGGAAAGGGCAAGACGUGAAAUAGCUAAGACUUUUAUUGCUAGAAACGGUAGCAAAUCCUGUCUUGGAAAGAGAAACUCAGGGCCUUGUGAGUUACUCUCUAUAUUCCAUCAGAAGAGAAUAUAAAAGUGACUAUGACAGUGGUGCUGUAAGCUGAAUUGAUUUUAAGAUAUUUGGUAAAAACAACUGGAUCACCAUUUUCUCCCUAACAGGCAAGAAGAAGAGUGGGUGAUUCUAGGACUGGAUAAAGUAAACUAGGUCUAAAUAUCUGAGUUGAAAAAGCCUUAAAGCCUUUGUUGAGUCAAAUACACAAAGGCACCAAAGCAAAGAUUUCUUUCAGUACAGUGACCUUGAACAGUCCACUCACCUUCUUUCUAACGAGCUUCAGUCUUUUCCUGUUCAUAGUCCUCCUCUCAGCUGCAGAGGUGCUGGGCUGUAUCUCAAGUGGUGUAAACCAAGAUCGCUGCUUUGAGGCUGUCAGCUUACAUCAAGUGAAGAUCUAAUCAGCUCUUUGUAGCUCAGCCUCAAAAAAAUGGAAGCGCUUUCUGACAUUGCUUUACUAUCUUAUUUCAUGAGAAAUCUAGUAAGGUUUGUAGGCAAUGCCUCCAAUUCAUCUGUGAGUGUAUUUGAGCUCAGGUCAGUGCUAUGCCAGAGAUUAAUUAUCCCAUUGCUUAAGGGUUAGUUUUCCUGCACAAAAAAGAUCAUUAAUUGGAACUAAUACCAUGCCAAUAUUUACUUCCUUUUAACAUGUACUGUUGGUUUAAUAGCAAGUAUUGUACUUAAAAUGGGACUUCUCCCUUAAACAGUUACCUGUUAUUCCUUAAGAAUAAGCUGCUUUUAUACUGUAUAAUACAAACCAGUUUCAUACAGUAUCCCUUUGUGUCCGUUAGCUGUGAUUAGAGAAUAAGAUGAUGAGCACAGUGCCCCAUCAGAACUGUGUGACUGUAUCUUCUCCAGGAAGAAGGAAAAGUAAUAGGUAGAGAUGUACUAUAAGAGCUGAAAAUACAGAAAUAUAAAAUUUAAAACAGUAGAAGUGUUAGAAUGAAGUUAAAAAGAAGUUAGAAUGAAAGUUAAAGAACUAAUAUCUAAAGUGAUACAAAAUGGGUAAAUAUUUUGUCAGUAUUGAAGAGACAAAAUGACUGAGAGAUGCCUUUGCUUUGAUAGUAUAAACCUGUGGAGGUUGUUACAGAACACACAGGGAAAAUCUUAAGGUUUUAAAACUUGUCUAAUUCCAACUUACAUGGAUAUUUGUAAUUUGUAACAUGAGAAGAUGUGCUGCCAUAUAAGUAGUCAGACACUGAAAUGUCUAAAGGAACUGUUACAUUCCAGACUGGAAUAUGACAUCCAGAGAAACAAGUUAAAAAAUAAAUUUCCAUCUGCAUCUACCACAAACAGGUUGACAUUUGUAUUUCUGUGAUUUUCUUCUGAAUAAUGAUAGAGCCCAGUGUAAGAAUUCAUAAAGAUGAAUUUGUCUGUAGCCUGGGUGACAGGCAGGUGUUUGUCAGUGUGGGACUAUAUAUGAAAGAUGGUCAAAUUACCUGAGUAAGUUUCCACAUAUGUCAUGUGUCACUGCAUUUCCUAAAGUGAAGGAUCACUGCGUUAUCUAAAAUGAAGAUGCAGAACCAUGAUGGGAGACCUUGAUAUGCAGGUGUUACUUCUACACUAAACGUGAAAAAUUAGCUCAUACCCCCACGCAUGAAGUUCACAUUUUCAAAUUCUAGGGGGAUGACCCUAUAAUGAGCACUGACUGAGUUCACUUUCAGGACUGUGCCAUUCAUAAAGCGCUUGUCACGCUCUCCUAGCACAACAUAAUCAGGGCCCUGUGAGUGAAUAAUAGCCUUGUAUUCAUAGCAAGGCAAUUUAUUAUCCUAUAUGUAAAAUGACAACUUCAUUAUCAUUCACUAUUAUAAAAUAGCAGGGCAAGUAGCAGUUGAAAUGAAAAGGCAGCUUUUUAAAUAAUUCUUUUCACAGUAUGAAAAUCCAAUACAUAAAUUCACGGCAUGUAACAUUUUUAUUAAUCUAUGAAGAAUUUAACUUGAUGUUCCAUGGCAUACCUCACUGAGACUUCUUCAUUACAUUUAGAAGAAAAAUUUGUAGUGAUUGGCUGUAGCAUUAUGUGGUUUUUUUCCAACCAGCUGUGCACCUCCUACUGUGCAUUUGUAGACUGGCAGAAUUCUGCCUCAGUUACUUUGUUGGCGAUCCAAGGAAUUGCCUCUAUGCUGUGCAAUUUGAUGCAGCUUUGUAAACCGACUGCAGAUACUUAGUUCUGGUCACAAUCGAAUGCUAAAUAUUGGGGAGAUUAUAGGUCUUCUCAUUGUUUUUGCUGUUGUUUCCAUGAGGCCUUCACCACCCAUAUGCAAUAAGCAACAGUUCAUUUAGCUCCUGCUGGUAAUACUGCCUUUUCAGAAUAAGAACAACUCUUUCUUGUCAGAAUAAUUAUAUUUACCAAACUUUUCUGUCAUCUAUUAGUAUUUCUGAGAAAACAACCUUUUCAGAAUACAUUAAUUUGCUUCAAAUCAGGUGUGUUGAUGCCCAUAAUUUUAUAAAUCCAGAAUAAAUUAAAAUGAAUUAUCAACCAUGAUAAGUAACUAAUUAAGUAGACAUAAAACAGAUGACAUAAUAACAUGUGAUCCAGUUGUGGGUUUGAAGAUCCUUCACAGUAGGGCACGGUUGGCAUCAUUAACUGUAACUGGGAAGGAGAGCAAAAUUUGUUGGAGACAGAAACCAUGAACCAUCAGAUGUACAGGAAGGACUGAACAGCAUGAAGGUGAAAGGGCUGAUACAACUCUUUUUCUUUCUUCUUUCUUUUUCAGAAAAUAUGUUACGUUAGAAACUUUUCUGCUCUCUUCCCAGAUAUCUUUCAGACUUAUGGCCAGGCCUCAGCCAGCACAAUUCAAGGAUCUGUAAUGUGUCCCUUCUGAUGGAUUACAUUACAAGCUUGUUAUUAAUUUAAUCAAAUCUUAUAAGUGGGUGCACUGGUUACUGCUGCAAUGCAAUUCUUUUUGAAAAAUGUCUGUCACAGAAGGUGUUUACAUUCCGAUACUGUUAGGACUCAAUAAUGAGUAAUCCAUAUCAUGAAGGCUAAGUAAAUUAUACUCAACCAGUAAAUAGAUUUUUUGGGGGCUGAGGGGCAGGGAGGAAGACUCUUGUCAAUCUUAUAUAAAAAUAAAUUGCCAUGUUGUAUGAGCACUUCAGGGUCUCUGAGCUGGUCAAUGUCACAACACAGGUGUGACCUAGAGAGUUUUUCUGUUUUCCUCUUUUAUAGAUAGUGGGACUGAGCUGAAGGGAGUUUACAAAGAUUGAGGAAGGCAGCAUUACCUGGGACCUCCUGUAUUCCAGCAGAGAAAUGUAACUGCUGGACCGUCCUUCUUAAGCCUUCGUCAAAGACAUGAGAUUUUUGCCAAGAUGAAUUUCUCUAGUCAGAGAACAGUUAUAUACUUUUUUUUUUUUUUUUUCCAAGAGGAUGUACAAAGAUUUAAGAAUUCUCUCCCUGACCAAUCGUAUGACACUUUGGAUAAAUCUUUAUAUGCAAUAAUACUCAAGGACCUAAGUAAUACAUCAUCUUUGAUCUGACCAGACAUAAAUCAUUUAUUCAUGAUAUAUCAUUCAUAACUUGAUUCAUUGACUCAUCUUCAGACAAGACAAGGUCAGUAGAAAAAAAUGAUUAAGCGUUUUGCCUGCAGGAAAAAGAAGCUUAAACAACAAAUUCAUCUUCACAUCUGACCUCAUGAAACUUGACAGAGAAGAUUUUAAAUAUAGAAAUAGACUUUAAAAGCCUACUUUUACUCCCAAUUACACUAGUUUAAAUCCACAGUCACUCCACUGACUGUAGAGGAAAUGGGAAAAGCCUGUACAAGUCAGUGGGAUCAUACUAUCAGGGAAGAACUUGACUCUGAAAGAGGGGACUUGGACAUUUAAAGCUGAAGAUAAUGUGCCUGAAUAUUUUAUUGGAUCAAAGAUGGCAAGUCAGACUCUGUACCCAGUCAUAUCAUUAUAAAUCUGGCCAGAUGACUUGAAAUUUCAAAGUAGUCUGAGCCUUCUGGCAAGCUGAACUAAACAGCCUCCUUGAUUUACAGUUAAUGUUUUUGCCUGUGUUACUAUUGGGAAUUUCAUUUCAAUAGACCUGCUCCCUGUGGAGUGUCCUUGAGAGCAGCAUCUUUAGAACAGGUUACUGUUUUGUUAAAUAACGGAAGACGCAAGAGUAUGUCAGUUGCCUGCAGUGUAUCCAUGGUCCUAGCAUUCUAAUGUUUGCCAAGCCUUUGCCCAUAGAAGAGAGCAAAAUCUUUCUCAUCUUCCUUCUUCCUUCUAGUGCAGCACUGGUAACAUCUGUUGUGGAAUAGUUGUUUUAAGAGACAAUCAUGCGGGAAGAAAUCCCAUCAGAGUUCCAGACCCGAGCGGACGGAGGAAGAAAUGCAGCCGACUCAAUAUGAGUGAUAAAGCAUACUUCAACUUUAUUGCCCGAGAUAGCAUGCAUUUAUACCAAAUACCAUAAUUAUGCAUACUUGUCUCUAUCUAAUAGGCUAAGCACUAAAAGGUUACAUUUACUUACUCCACCUACUUGGGUUUAGCUAGCUAUGCGCAUCCCGCAUUCUUCUGACUCUUAUCUCUUCAAGGAUAUCCUGACCCUGCCUUAGUUAGUACUUUUCCGUUCCCCCCUUUCCCACGGCCUAAUAGACAAGCUAACUAAGGCCUACUUAUGUCAACUAAAAUGGGCUCUGCUCGUACAGUUGCUUGGUGGACUCAUGUCCGUGCUCCUUGAGCCAAUCCCCGACACAAUCAUACCACACUUCAAAUAAGGUAAGGCAGAUUCUUCAAACUAAUUUAAAAUUGUCCGUGUGCUUAAGUGUCCAGAGGGCACAGUAAUAUUCAAACAAGCAUCUACACAUUUAUGCUAAAAUUAAGGAAACUAAAGCAAAGUGUCAAAAUUGAAUUUGAUUCCAUUUGGAAGAACUCUCAACCUCUUUGCAAUUCUCAGAGUGAUUGAAUGCCUUUAUCAACAAGUGAAACUGAUAGAAAUGAAGGGUGAUAACACAUUGUACCCACUGGAAUUCUAUUUGUUUUUAAGAAAGAGAGAUUGAAAUAUAUAAUUGUGAAAAUACCUGCAAUAAGCAUUUUGUCUCGAUGAAGCUGAAAUAGGAAAUAGGAAAAGACAAUAAUACAUAAGUAAAGAAACAGACUUUAAGAUAGUUGAGGGGGGUUUGUUUGCAGAGGGAUUGGGGGGCUGGGUACUUUCAUUUUGGCUGUUGGAUUAGAGAGUAGCUACCAAAUGUUACAAUUAAGAGUGUGACCCGGAGGGUCCUUGAGCUCUACAUUUCCCCUACAUAUCACUCUUAAAACCUAUGCUAAAUAACCUAGCACUGAUUUCACAUCUCCAGUGUUCAGUAGCCAUUAAAAUUUCUCAUUUCUUUGUUCUGUGAUUGUGCUUUAGGCAGUAGCAUAAAACAGAAAUAUAUCAGCUCAAGGCAUGUAAUGGUAUUUUCUUGUAUCACAGUUCUCAUGCGGAAUACCAGCUGUAUUAUUUAAUAUGAAUAAACAAUUUAUUCAAAUUAAUAAAUUUAAAGGUAAAUUCAACGUAAGUAGCUAAGCAACACCCACAAUAAAAUGAAAGAAUAGAGCAUGACUAAAGCAAGGAUUCAGAGUCCACUCUUACUGUAACCUGUUUACUUUGUGAACUUGCAGCAGCAGGUCGUUAAUAAAUAAUCACUCAGAAUGCUCAUAAUGUGUCCAAACCUAGGCAAAUAACCAUAAUGGUGUGGUUUGGUUUGUUUUCUUUUUGAAACUAGAAAGAAUUUAACUUCUUGUGAUAUGGCUAAUGUGAUAGCCUCUUCAAAGUUUCCAAAGACUGCAAUGUAGUAAUUCACUCUAGGAAAUGAUUCCAGCCAAGGCAGCAAUGAUCAAACUUCAUGUGGAUGAACUGUGCAAAAUUCCAGUGUAUCAAUGUGAGUUGUUGUUCAAAUGGAAGAGGAGAACACAGGUAGGGACCCUAUCCAGCCCUUCGGGGCUGGGCCAAGAGGGGUUCAGAGCCAGUUCUAGAGAGAAACUGGGAAACAAACCAGAACUGAAUUGGAAAGGUGGAUUCCUUCACCCUACCAAUCAUGAUUACCUAUACACAUAAUGACCCUAAAGGAAGAGGAGAGCAGUGGCUGCCAGUGCCAACAUGAUGACUUAGCAAUUCCUUAAGAAAGUGGGAUGGGAGGAUAACACACUGAUUUUGCAGCAGAAAAAAUUAGCCAGAAGGAUUCUCUCUGAAAAAGAAAGGACUUUCUCUGAAGCUUUUAGAUUUAGAUUUGAAUACUGUAUCUCAUCCUGUGUAACUGUCACUUUUUAUAGAACCUAAAUUAUCCUGAAGUCUGCUCUAUUUUAAGCAAGAGAGACAUAAUCAUUUGCUCUAAGCUAGCCUGCUUCUUUUCUUUGUAACUCCUUAUGCAUAGAUUUCCAUUCUGGUGUCACUUAAACUCCUGCAGAAGAUUCCUAAUUGCUUUCAAGGACAUUGUGGCUUUACACUUUUCUGAUGGCUCCUUCCAUUAUUGCUUUUCUGUUUCUCACCCAUUCAAAUGAAGUGUUACACUGAUAUUGUUAAACAGUUUGAGUUAAAUUCCAGAUAAAACUCCACUGUUUUUGGCUGAAUAAAACAUUUCUGUAAUAUUGUCCAGUUAAACUUCACUGUUGUCUCAUGAUUAAUUUCUCCAGCAUAAAGCCUUUCCUUGUGCUAUUCUUCUUGUCAAUGCCUGAAAAUAUGUUGGUGAACUGGUGCUGAAUUACCUUAGCAAAUGUGUUUCUACAUUCCAGUUUGUUCCUAUUUUACCCAUUGUAAGAUAUCCCUAUUGCUCACUUUCUUCUUGCUGUAAAAAGUGCAUGAAGUCACUCUCUUGCUUAGUUAAUUAGCUCUAUUUUACAACACUAAAAUUUAGACCAAAGCCCUGUUUGCUUAAAACUGAAGACAUUACACUUCCUGAAAAACUACCAAUAUACUACACUUUAACUUGAUAUCUUUUCUUAUUUAGAGUCACUCAGCUAUGUAUUUACUUUAUUUUUAAAAAGACACCAGAUUGAACAAAUUGCUGGGCUACUAACCUUAGUCCAGAGAUGCAUAAUGAUUCCUAUUCAAGCCUUUUCAACCAUAUUAGGUGCAUAGAGGAAAGCAGUUUCACAGGUCAAUAUUAAAUUUAUAGAAUCCCAGAAUUAAGCACAUCUAUAUAUUAAUAACAAUAACAAAAAAAGCUAUUAACACACUUUUUCAUAUUGCAUUUUUUUAAUUACUAAAACCAUGGUGUAAAGAUAGGAAUAUAUCAUUCAGCAUGUCUGGCCGUGUUUCCCAAUUGCUGUUAAGAACAAAAACUAUUAAUACUGGAACAUGGUGCUCAACAGAUAAGGUCAAAUUCAUUCUGCAGCUAUAGUGACAUUAUAAUUAAUGAGAGAACUGUAUAUGGCAAGAAAGGAGAAUAUUGACCCAUUAAUACGCAUUUGAAAAUCAAAGACCAUUUAUCUCCUGGUAAUUCUAGCAUGUGUUCAAUGUUACAUGAUUUUUUCCUUUUAAAUGAAGGACAGAAAAGCCAUUUAAAAACUAAAAGUGGCUGAAUCUAUAAAUGAUACCUUAAAGUUUGAAACCUGUGCAGCAUUAUGUCGAAGCAGAACAGGAAGAGCACAGAGGGACAAUAUCUGGCGCAGCUGGAAGGCCACCAAGAUAUUUUCUGGCUUUCAGGUUGGGUAAGUGCUUUAUCAUAUGCACUAAGUGUCACUGUUCCAUUAUAGAUAUGAGGAAAUUAAGCAUAAAUCCAAUGCCUGGACUCAUUCAUGAGAACUCAGAAAAAAAGUCAAGAUCUCAAGUCCACCUUUGUAUUCACUAGAAAACAGUGCUUUUCUGUGUGCCACAGGGUGGCCUGCGCAACAGAGAGAAACUUCUUAAAUCAGCAGGAAGGUGCCUGCUGCAUUCUGCCAGCAAGGGCAGCGUGGCAUGAAUGCCACCCCAGAGGUCCAUCUCAAGUGGGUGUCAAAUUGGGGGAACCACAGAUUGCCAACGCCACUGCCUAGCAGGGUAGCAUGGAAAUCCACAGUGUCAUAUGCAAAGAGACGAGGAAAGUAACAAAGCAAACAGUGGUGCCCUAAAACUACUUAUGAUCCUGUUCAAAUGUGGGAAUAUCACAAUUUUUGUUGCUGUGGUUCUUCCAUAGGGAAAAUAUUAUAUUUUUGCUGUGCUGAGUUUCCUCUGUUGUGCUUGCCAUGGUUGUAUUUCUGUACCUUUAUCCUGAAGAUAAAAAUAUUAACUCUUAGAAUUGUUUACUGUUUACAUGACAUAAAUGUUUGGGUUUUACAUUUAUUUCUAAUUGACUAUUUGUUUUGACAUGCAGUUAACCCAAAAGUGAGCUCAUCUCAGUCACUACAAAGAGUCUGGAAACCCUUUUCUAUAUAAUUUAUGAUCUUUUUUCAUUAAUGUGUAAUAUUUUUCAACAUUUCUUCAAAAAAGCUAAUAGACUUAGAUCCAUUAUGUGGUUAUACCAAAUAAAAUAAAGUCGUCUUUGUCUACUUCAGA